CAUUUUUGCAGCCCACGACAGCAGUAUUGAUUCGGUGAGCUUCUUGUUCGGUUAAUAUAUAUUUUACUUUGCAGACAAAAUAUACAAAGGAAAUUAUUCCAUUUGUAAUUUGUAUAAAAAGUUCAGAAAAUUAAGCUUCAAGACCAUAACAUUAAAGUUUUACAGAAAUGGCUGAUGUAGAGAAUGGAAAUUCAAACGGAAAUUAUAAUGAUGAGCCCAUUACUGAACCGGAACAGUUAAGGAAGCUCUUUAUCGGUGGUUUAGACUACCGCACUACUGACGAUGGCUUGAAAGCUCACUUUGAAAAAUGGGGUAACAUCGUCGACGUGGUUGUAAUGAAGGAUCCCAAGACAAAGCGUUCACGAGGUUUUGGUUUUAUUACCUACUCUCAGUCUUAUAUGAUUGACAAUGCCCAAAACGCACGCCCUCAUAAAAUCGAUGGGCGUACAGUAGAACCCAAGCGGGCCGUACCACGCCAAGAAAUUGACAGCCCAAAUGCAGGCGCCACUGUUAAGAAAUUAUUCGUUGGCGGUCUUCGCGACGAUCAUGACGAGGAAUGUUUACGCGAAUAUUUCAAGUCAUAUGGUAACAUUGUUGGAAUAAACAUAGUUGCAGACAAAGAAACUGGGAAGAAACGUGGAUUCGCAUUUAUCGAAUUUGAUGAUUAUGACCCUGUCGACAAAAUUAUUUUGCAAAAAAAUCAUACCAUAAAAAAUAAGGUCCUUGAUGUCAAGAAAGCCAUUGCUAAACAGGAUAUGGAUCGCCAAGGUGGUGGUGGCGGCGGAGGUGGUGGCAGCGGUGGUGGUGGUAGUGGUGGUGGACGUGCCCAAGGCGGCCGUGGUGGCGGACGUGGUGGCGAACGUAGUAGUCAAGGAUGGGGAGGAAACAACAGACAGAAUGGAGGAAAUUGGGGCGGAAGUGGUUUUGGAAAUAAUGGGAACUUUGGUGGAAACCAAGGGGGUCCCGGUGGUGGUCCAGGCGGUUGGAAUAAUCAGCCGGCACCUUGGAACAACCCAGCUACAAAUGAUGGCGGGUGGAAUAAUAGUGGCGGAUUUGGUGGGCCGGCUAAUACCUCCAAUAAUGGAUGGAGUAGCAACAAUAGUAGUUUUGGUAGUGAUUACCAACAGGGUUACGGUGGAGGACCCCAGAGGGGGGGUAAUAAUUUUGGAAAUACCCGCGCCGCUCCUUACAAUCAAUACAACAAAGGUGGCAAUACUGGUGGUGGCCAAGGCGGUGGUUUUGGCGGUAAUAACUACAAUAGCGGUGGUGGCCCGGGAGGCGGCAACAUGGGCGGCGGAAACCGAAGAUAUUAAACUUGGAGGUAAAGUACAUAGUACUAUACAGUUUCAAUCAGAGAAAGACAGGCAGUCUAGGCACAGGCAGGCAGGCAGAAAGAGAAUUGAAAUCAGAUGAAAUAAAUAUUGCAGACAACUGCAGUUCAACCGCUAAACUAUCUACAUUUGUAUAGGCAAAUAAGGAAAUUUAUACAGAUAAAAAAUUUAUUUCACAUUCACACGAGUACGAAGGAAACAGAAUACAUAACCGAAUCUUGUAGUGAACGUAUUUUUAAUGUAAUCCACUACAUAAACCAAAACAUGCUAUAGAAUAUCCACAAAGGAAAGAAGUAUGCGAACAAUGCAUACAUUUGAUAAUUUUACAUGUUCUGUGUAUUUAAAAACACCUGUCUUAUCUUUCGGGUCUUUAAUUUAAUUUUACUUGUAAGACAUUUAUAAGUUUUCAUACAAGCAUUUAAUAAUUAAAAGUAUUAAAAAUAAUACAGAGCAACUUUGAGCCAAUUUAGACAAAAAUAAAAAUGAUGGAAAACUAGACCUACUUGACAAACAAAAUGAGUUACCCCAAUAAAUCUAGUUAUAGUUUUAAAUUAUAAACAAAAAUAAAUUAUGUAAGCGUGAAAUCAAGAAAUACUUCUAUUCAAAAAAAUUGAAUUGUAUCAUCACAGAUUCUCUAAAUAGGGGUGCGUUCAGAAAUGCAUCAUGCCAAAGCAUCAGUAUCUUUUAUUUCUAAACUAUUAUUGAUGGAAAUGUCUUAUUUACGGAAUUAAGUUCAAAUUCAGCUUUUAAACGUGGUUGCGCAUAUUUGACAUUUCCAUAAGUUAUAGUUUAGAAAUAACACGAGACUGAUGCUUUGGCUUGAUGCAUUUCUGAACGCACCCUAGAAAUUGUCAAUACUACAAUCCCCUCGAGUGAGUGAACAUCAAAAAAACGACGUUUUUUCUAAGAUAGCGCAGUGACAACAAGCUAUACUGCAUACUCUAACCAAUGAUUAAAACAACAAUGAUUACAAAAGGGCUUUUAAUAAACUUAGCUUGAGAUGAA